AUGCACAUCAAGAUUGAUCAUUGGGAUAUUUCGGUCCUUAUUUUAUAUUUGAUUGCUUUGCUGGGUACUGGAGUAUACUCCUUGUUUACGCAUCGUCGAGGGACUGUUACUGACUACUUCCUUGCUGGAAGAUUUGUCACAUGGCUUCCGAUUGGUGCCUCUUUGUUUGCCAGCAAUAUCGGUAGUGAACAUUUUAUUGGGUUGGCUGGUUCGGGUGCAGCAACUGGUAUAGCUGUUGGUGCAUUUGAGUUGAAUGCAUCAAUAAUUUUACAAUUACUAGGUUGGAUUUUCCUCCCAGUUUACAUUGCUAGUGGUGUGAGUACACUGCCAGAAUAUAUGAAGAGAAGAUUCGGUGGAGACCGUAUUCAGGUGUAUUUGGCUGUUCUCUCCUUGUUGUUGUACAUUUUCACAAAAAUCUCUGUGAAUUUAUACUCUGGUUCUCUGUUUCUAACUGAAGCUUUACACUGGAACACAUGGUUAUCGAUUAUUAUAUUAUUGAUUAUUACUGCAGUGAUUACUAUUACAGGUGGACUUGCUGCUGUUCUCUACACUGAUACAUUGCAAUUUUUUGUGAUGAUAUCAGGCGCCAGUGUUCUUACAAUUCUAAGAAAUUUAUUUGAAUUUUCAGCUUUAAUUCCAUUGAAAAAGUUUUCACUUUCAUUGUUUUAUAAAGUUGGUGGUUUCCAAGGACUUUUAAAUGCAUAUGGAGGAGCUAUUGCAGAAGUUGAUAUUUCAACUAAAGAAGGCUUACAAAUUGUAAAUGGUUUAAGUAUGGCUUUGAGUACAACAAAUUCUUCAUCAUUACUUCAAUUAUCUAAAAGUCCACAAGUUGGUUCUAGUUUAAGUUGUAGUCUUCCAUCACCUAAAGCAUUUAAACUAUUAAGAGAAAUUAAUGAUCCUGAUAUGCCUUGGCUUGGUUUCUUACUUGGACAAACUCCUUCUUCCAUUUGGUAUUGGUGUGCUGAUCAGAUGAUGGUUCAGCGUACAUUAGCAGCUAAAAGUUUAUCUCAUGCCCAGAGUGCAACAUUGAUGACUGGUUUAGUGAAACAAUUACCACUAUUUAUUAUGGUCAUCCCUGGAAUGAUAAGUCGUGUACUAUUUCCAAAUGAGAUUGGCUGUUUUCCAGGAGCUGGUUGUCUGAAAGUAUGCGGACACAGUAGUGGUUGUUCAAAUAUGGCUUAUCCUAAAUUGGUCAUCGGUCUCAUGCCAUCAGGUUUAAGAGGUUUAAUGUUGGCAGUUAUGUUAGCCGCAUUAAUCUCUGAUUUAACAUCAAUUUUCAAUUCAUCCAGUACACUUUUCACAAUGGAUAUAUAUCAAAAAUUUAGACGGAAGGCAAAAAAUGUUGAAUUGAUGAUUGUUGGACGUGUAUUUGUUAUUGUAUUAGUUGGUGCUAGUGUUGCAUGGGUGCCAGUUAUACAACAAUAUCAAGGCAGUCAGUUGUAUAUUUACAUUCAAUCAGUUGCUGCUUAUCUUACACCUCCUAUUGCAUCCGUUUAUCUAUGCGCUAUAUUAUGGAAGAGAAGUAAUGAAAAGGGUGCUUUCACUGGUCUUAUGUAUGGAUUAAUAACUGGUACUAUACGAAUGAUACUUACAAUUGUUUAUAAUGAUCCAGUAUGUGGGGAGAUGGAUACACGACCAUGGAUUGUAAAAGAGAUUCAUUAUUUAUAUUUUGCUGUAUUCUCCUUUACAUCUACAGCUCUUCUAGUUGUAAUCGUUUCUUUGUGUAGUAAAGCACCUACAUUAAGUCAAUUACAUCAUUUAACCUAUUGGACAGCUUGGGAUAAGAAUAAAAAUGAUACAGAUAAUGAUAAAUAUCAAAGAAAUAUUACUUCAUCUCAUCAUCAUGUUUCUCAUAGUGAUAAUGAAGUUGACAAGAAAAAUGAAACACAGACAGAUAGUGAAGAUGAUAAAUAUGAUGUGUUCACAGUGCAACCUAAUGCAUCUGGAUCGGUAUUUCUAUCGGAACCGAAGAAAUCAAGAAAUCUGUUUCAAUCUAUUUGUCUAUGGUUAUGCGGUUUUGAGGAUUCAAUUUGUCUUAGUGAAAAUUUUCACAAGUCUACUAAACAAGAAGAAUUUACUCAAGCUAGACUGAUCAAGAUAACAAGUUUACAUCAAGAUCCUAGAGCAAAAUUAGGAUUACGGAUUGGUUUAAUUGGUAUCAUAUGCUUAAGUGUAUUUGGUUUUAUAUUCUAUUCUAUUUAUUUUAAUGAAAUACAUAUCGGUCCCUUACCGGUAACAAUCAAUCAGACAUUGAUUAUUGACAAUAAUCAUUCAGCAUUACUUACCUAUCUACAAAAUCAUAGUUUGAUUAUAGUCAAUCGAAGACAAUUCACAGACUUUUAAUCAUUAAUCAAUAAUUUAUGAUUUCUUUCAGUUUGAUAUGCAGAAUAGUAAUAUAUAUUCAUUUUGUACUGAAAGAAAAUCCCUUCCUCUUUUUUUUAAAAACUUUUUAUCUUAUACUACUGACUAUUUUAUAAAGUAGUACUCCUCUGUAAUGAGUAAAUUAUGCAAAGUUUUGUAUAAUUUCAGAAAUAUCCAGCCAGAUUAAUUAAUAAAGUAAUUAGGAG